UGCGGUCUAAGGGCUGAAAGAUUUCUUCGACGGGUUCAAACCGUUAACGGCUGUCCUGUUGAGCGGAUGGGUUUGCGUGCGCUUCCACAGACCGUUGAGGGUGUCGAAAAUUCGGUCGGCUAGUACGCAAAAAUUCGGAUCCUUAAGCGAGAUCACGCGGAGCAAAAGAAACACCUUACCCAGAAAACGGGAAAUUAAUUACAAUUUCGUGGUAAAGAAUGACAGGCUUUAUAAAGUGGAUUUAAACAUUUUUGUAAAGAUGUGCGGCAGUUUCCAAAAAAAAAGCGUAAUCAUAAUCCUGUAUCAGUGUUCCCCGCCGGGGGUUUUCGCCUUAAAGCUGCGAACCAAUAAUGCAAUCAAGCGAUUGAUUUAAUUGAAAAGAUAAUAAAUUCUACCUUUUGGUGAAGUGCAGCAGAUAUCGGGGUGAUUCGUUAGUUUACCAUCGUAGGAGUUCUCUCCAUGCAAUCGACACUGGAAUCAAAUUCGUGUGAUUUUACUGCAACCAUCUGAACGAUCUUUACCACAGUAUAAAAAAAGCGAUAAAGAAAACAUAACGAGGUGUGAAGUGAGCAAGUAUCGAGGGAAGUGUUAUUUUAUUGCCAGAAAACUGGUCAAGCAAGCAUGAAAUCAACCUUCGAUGAUCUUUAACGGUGAGCAUCGAUCGAAUUAAUGGUCUCCACCCGGGGGUGAAUCAACCAGAAUAAAUAUUGACUAACGUGCCAAGUUUUACCGAUAAAGAUUCACAUUUAUUGUGAAAAAGUGUGACUAGUCUCUAUCGAGGAUUAGAAGCGAUAAAAUGUGUUAAGAAAUUAAAGCUUACAUCCUGAAGAACAAACAAGAAGUACCACCUCAUCGUGAUAAGCCCGGGCCGGAUGUGUGUCAAGUUGCAACGCGACAAAGAUAAUUAAAACAAUCUGCAACCGUUGCGAAUGGUUCAAUGGUUCUGCAUAUUUAUAUGUAAAUUGUUUUAUUUACCGGUGGUACAAGGCGAUAAAAUUCCACGAAGUGGAAUUCCGUACAUUCCCGAGUGCGUGCGUGUCCAGAGUGUUUCCAAUUGAUAUCGAAUUACAAUUUGCUACGGUGCGGUUUGGCGUGACAAGUGAAUAUUUUAGUGUUAGGUUUGGUGUGUACGAUCGACUCUUCCACACGAUCGUGACUUUUUAAGAUUACCCGGUGGUGUCCAGUUGUGUACAGCAGUGGUGUCCUUGUGCGAGCCCAAUAUUUCGUCUACUACCACAGUCAACAAAAUGUCAAAAGUGAAAGUUCACAGCACCCAGAUGCACCUGGCUCGACUAGAAUCGGUACUAACUACCAUCAGGCUGUGCGUGACCGUGUUGGCAUUGCUGCUGAUGACAGUGACGGGAACCGUUCAGCCGGAAGCUAACAGCAUCGUCACCGGUCGAACCAUUCAUCACCCAUUACCGCAUCACUAUCGGCACCAUCUACAUCGCGGAGUGACGAAACAAAAAUUCGAUAACAUCGGUGACGGCGGUGGAGGUGGUGAUGGUGGUGGUCAUGGUGAUGGUGAUCGGAAGUUCAUGCAGCUCGGCAAUUUUAUUCUCACCGAUAUCCUGAACGAUGGGGAGCGAGAGCGGCGCAUCAGUUGGAAUGGUAUAAUAGGCAAGGAGACCAGUCUAGCCGAUAAUAGUUCCAACAAAACACUGAGUCUCUGGCAAAUGGUCAACAAUAAGUACCUGAUACAGAUUAUCUACAACAGCGAUGGACAAAUGAUGGACUGCGAGUACGUCCGGCAGCGUGGUAUGGUGCAUCAGUUUCGGACACGCUUCUACAGCGAAUUCUUCCAAGCACAAGCACGCAACUUCACCUCACCGUUUAACGGUUUGGCCGGCAGUAAGACACACCACCAUUCGCUGGUGUCCAAUCAUGACUUCCAGCAGUACAUCGAGCAUGACAUCGUUACGGCCGAGAUGGAGGAACUACAGUACAAUGUGUACGAGUUCCCGGCAGGCGUUCCGGACACUCACAAAACCAUCGAUGCGUUCGGUAUGCGCAAUCUGACGUACAUUCCGCUCCAUGCCCAGUCAGAUAUACCGUCGGAUCUGCUGGAACAGUUAAACUUUCGCGAACUGAAGCAGCGAUGUAAUGUGCGGCAUAUGCAGCUUAAAGAAAUAGCCCAAGGGCUGCAGAGUUCCGAUCCCGAGCAUCAGCGGAUAGCGAGCGAGAAUUUGCAAAGGCACAAGCGUGCGGUUUCCGACUGGUUCCUGUCGCCAAACACGAAAUGGUGCGGCAAAGGACAUUCGGCCUCCGUAUAUCACCAGCUAGGAGGCGCAUCCCGGGCAGACAUGUGCUGCCGUAAGCACGACCAUUGCAAGAUCAUGAUACCGGCCAUGGGCACCAUGUGGGAGCUGUUCAAUUUUCGGCCCUUCACGAUCAGCCAUUGUAGCUGCGAUACGAGACAGAGACGUGACCUGUCCAGUAUGCUGCGCGUUCCGGGCACCAAAUGGUGCGGUAAAGGCUGGAGUGCUCGCAACUACGUCGAAAUGGGCGGUUAUUCGAAGGCCGAUCGGUGUUGCCGGCAACACGACCUAUCCUGCCCGUUCUGGAUAUUGGGCUUCGAGACGAAGUACAACCUGUUCAACUGGCGCGUCAACACACUGAUGCACUGCGGAUGCGACGAGAGAUUUCGUACCUGUCUCAAAAUGGCCGACUCCAGUGAUGCCAAUCUGGUCGGCAAGCUGUUUUUCAACAUCGUCCAGAUGAAGUGUUUCGUGCUGAAGCCGGAAACGGUGUGCGUGAAACGGACCUGGUGGAACAAAUGCGAAAAGAAAAUACGUCGGAAACGGGCACACUUGCGGGACAAUAGAAAGUUUUAAACAAUGGCGUUUGCAGCGGGGGAAGGACGAACUGCUCUAUUUAGUUUUUAGCGAUUUUACACACGCUUAGUAAACGAUAGUGGAACCAAAGUGGAAGUGCGUUAGUAAGCAUGAAGAACUUUAAAGUGUAUCUUUUUCGAGGGAAUGUGACACAUGGAAAAGUAGUCCAGAUUCAGACAUUACAGAAACGCAUUUUUCCGUCGAAAGGGAUUCAAAAAGGACAUUACUUACAAACAAUUCUUCUUUAGUUUCACUGUGAGUUCAUUAAGUAUGCUUAAAAUGCGACAUAGCUUGUCUAAAAAUACUUUAGAAACCCUGUGUUAAAGAAUUAUUUAUUGCCUGUUUCUUGCGAAAUGUAGUAGCUACGUUUUGUUUAGUAGUAGUGAUCCUCAAAACACUCGGCAUGAGUGUGACAUUAUUUAUACUGUUUAGCGAACGUCGCCCGGGUUUAAACCUUCGGGGGAGGAACACAGUUCAAACGUAUUCCUAUUAGCUUCGUAAGCAACUGGACUAAACGGUGAUCAAAGUAAAUCGGGAUAGUUAGUAAGAUGUUAGCUAAGGUAGACGGUUAGUACCGUAAGGACGUGAUCGCGUGCGACUGUCAAACGCAAAACCGAGUAUUUAUCAAACAACCACGCCAACAUGCAUCCACAUAUGUUGAUCUGAGCUAGUAGUAGGAUAAAGUUAACGGAAGGGUAGAAGUAUUAGUAAAUGUUUAGACGUAUCGAUAUAAGCUUUCUAUGUGUGUGUGUAUAUGACGGUAGGGCAACAUUAGUAAUAGAUUCCAUGACGUAAACUUACUAAAACAACGCAUGCAACCAGCAGAUCUUAGUGCACCUCUUUGGAAAGGAUGAGCAAAGUCCUCGCCAAGCUAAUUACGUAUUUAUUCGUGUACACUAAGCUAUCUUUAUAGAUUGGAUGUAUUCCUACAGGUGUUUGAGAUUCACGCACAACUAAGGAGAAUCAUUUUCUUCAACAAACGUAGGAUUCUUUGCGCUUUUUAACACUACUACUACAGCAUAUUGUAAAAAGUGUACAUUAACUAAGCGAGAUCUGUAAACAUUUUGACGACGAACGCGUAAACGUUUUCUUUUGUACAUAACGAAAAUUAAUAUUUAGCAAUGUAUAUAAACCGGUUAGCAAUAUAUAACAAGAGAAAAAAUCAAAAGAAUGCAAUGAAAACCAAUCACAUGUGUAAAAUGAAACAAAGCAUGUUGUGAAAUACACUCACGAAAAUAAUUAUAAAGAUACCUUGUGUUUUUUAUGGUUUAAUAUUUUAACAAAAAAAUAUUGGUUUAGAAAUGAUGUUUUCCUUUCCUUUUAAUAACUAUAAAGACAUAUUAAUGUCGGCUCAGUGUUUUGAAGUUCUUCAAGCACUCUCUUAAAAUAACUCUUUCUGCUUUUUACAUGUUACAUGAUCUACAUUGAUGUAAAUUAGAGGACGUGACACGUUCAACGCCGUAUCAAAAAUCGCACAAGGAAUCUCAAAAACAUCUUUUGCCAACCAACAAAUCAAUUGUAGUUGUUUUAUAAAUAUGCUUUCUUUUGCAAUGAAUUUUAUGUAUGACAUUAAUGUUUUACUUUACAUACUACAAUCAAUCCCCUAUUUACAUGAAAAUACAACUGUCUUUAUAAUUAUUUCCGCUAGUGUAUUGAAGAAACGGGCAGCAAUUAGACAUGCCAAAUGCUGUAGAAAAUUUCUCCGACAUUAGAAUACAAAACUAAACUAAACACCUUCGACUUAAACUGUUUAACUAAUCUUGUUCUACUGGAUACUGUCCUAUAUAUUAAGAAAAUAAAAGUUUAUGCUGUGAAAAUUAUAUCGUUCGUCUUUUAAAUGUUCUUGCAUGUUUGUAUGUCAAAUAAUGACAUAAAAUCCGAAAUGAAGAAAUAACGACGAGCUUUGAAUGACGAAAAGAAGUUAUCAUCAUCCGACCAGACACUUUCGCGUGUAAUUAUUUUGAAAUGCAAAUAAUAUUAUCAAUUUCAACCAAUACGAUCGGUAUGCUUCGAAUUCUAAAAGUAUGAAGUGAUCGUUCAAUAACAUUUGGUUAUGCUUCUUUCCAACACGGAUAAUCGAGCGUGUGCCAUUGCAUCGUAUGCAAUCUCGCGCUCUUUCUCUCAACUUGCACGCAAGCGCUCGUUGUCAACAUCGCUACCGCUAGGUGGUGCUGGCUGCUGUGUUUCUAAAAAUAGACACAACAUAGAAGGGAGAGCAUAAACACGCGCUUGCUGAAACAUCGGUACGAGUUUUAGCGUACGCAUUCUCGACUGGGAGCGUGGCGUCUCCUGUAACGCGGCUACUCGUGGGUCGGAUUACGGACUGAUUUGAGGGCGGGAGUCCUGUGUGCUGGACCAGGCCAUGUUGACGGGACGUCCGCACUAAGCUGGCCGUCAAUAUGGGUGUCACGGAGGAGUCCGAGACAUUCAGGUUGGCUAAGGAGAGACACACCGAGCGAGGGGUGAAAACCAGCAGCUAAGAGUCUCCGCGGCAAGCAGUAGUGGGAUAGCGUCCCGGAGUGGACUGCCAGUGCCAGCCCGACCAAUACAGUCACACCGUAAUCUUUU